CAGUAUUGCGUAUCAGAUCUAACGAUCAGAUGAAUUUAGUUUCUCCCUCUCUGUUAAUAUAUAAUAGUACGUAUCUACUUCGAUCGUAUGUCUAGUGUAUUUUGUUGUGCUCCAAAUAUUAAUUUCAUAUCUUGUGAACUCGAAUAAUACAAAUUAUUUUCAAUAAUAUCAGAACCUUAAAUAUUUAUUUCAUAGCUUUCGUCGAAAUUUACAUAAAUUCUAUAUUAUUAUCGGUAGCAAUAUGUCUGUUCCUUUAAAACCAGAGCUUCUCGCACAAUUGGAAGCAUUUUUCAAUACAUGCAUGAUAAAUCCUUCUUUGUUAAAUCAACCAGAAUAUUCUUUUAUAAAAACGUUCAUUGAAUUUUUUGGAGGACGGAUACCAAAAACAAAUCAACAAUCAAGUAAUGAAUCAUCCAAAAAAUCAGAAGAUGCAAAUGCAUCUAAAGAACCUGAACCAGAACCAAAACAGGAACCAGAAAGCGAAGAAAGUGAUAUUGAUCUUGAUAUGAGUGGAGUAAUUGAACCAGAUGAAGAUACUCCUCAAAAAAUGGGAAAUCCUACUUUGCAACCAACAGAAGAAGAAAUUGCAGAAUCUCAGGCUAAACGUUCUGAAGCUGUAUCAGCUUUUAUAGAAAAAGAUUAUGAAAAGGCUAUAGAACUUUAUACAGAGGCCAUAGUAUUAAAUCCACAGGCAUCGUUACUUUAUGCCAAACGUGGACAAAUUUUCAUGUUAAUGAAUAAGCCUAAUGCCUGUAUUCGUGAUUGUAAUCGUGCUUUGGAACUAAAUCCAGAUAGUGCAGCAGCUCACAAGUUUAGAGGAAGGGCCUAUCAUUUGCUUGGAAAAUUCGAAGAAGCGGCUACUGAUUUGAGACUUGCUUGUAAAUUUGACUUUGAUGAGCAAGCGGAUGAGUGGCUACGAGAAGUUACACCAAACGCUCGGAAGAUCGAGGAACAUAAGAGAAAGAAGGAACGCAAGAUACAAGAAAAGUUAGAGCGUGAGAGACAAGAAAGAUUAAGGAAAGCUCGAGAAACUGCAAAAGCUUAUGAAGACAACACUCGUACUUCCCAAACUGAUCAUCCCAGAGAUAAUCCUGGAAUGGGAGAUUUUUAUAAAUUUUUAAAUGAUCCAGAUGUUCUCCAAGCUUUCCAGGAUCCUGAAGUCGCUGAGGCCUUCAAAGAAAUUUCUACAAACCCAACAAAUAUUUUGAAGUACCAAAGCAAUCCGAAGAUCAUGGCGUUUAUUAAUAAGAUGGCUUCGAAAUUUGGCGGAGCUGGUAAUAUCCCAGGUGGUUUUCCUGGUAUGAUGGGUGGUAUGCACGGGUUCUCAGGAGCUGGUACUCCAAAACCGAAACCACAGGACGACGUUGGCCUUGAUUAAAGCUGGUGUGCUUGUUCUCGAAAUUCUUUCUCAAUUUACCUUCAGAUGAUUUACAAGGCUCUGAAUAAUUGACCUAAAGCGACCAUUAUAUGGUGUCUUAUUAAACGAAUACUAACAAAUUAACCGUGAGCUGGAUUGUAAAAAGAUAUAUCUUUGUUGCCAUAAAGAAGAUUUAUUCGUUUCUCGAUAAACUUGAGAAAGAAGCAUAAUUAUAAAAAUCCUACAUAAUAUAGCUUAAAGUUAGAAUUGUAUUCUAAAUAUGGGAUAUAUCAACAUUUGUUAUUCUGUAAACGUCCAACUGAACUUCUAUAUAAUAAUCGAAUAGCAUAUAUUCUAUAUUAUAUUAGUCUGCCGAACGAUUUUACCAUUUUGAUUUCAAACUUGUUUGAUUGAUUUUAAAUUUGCAAUGGAGAAAGAAUUACUUUAUGCCUUUUAAUGCUUCUUUCUUAAAUACUCCUUAAUCUUUAGUUGUUCAUUAUAUGGAAAUGCAUUCUAGAGUAACGAGUGAUACUAGAAUUCAUUUCUAUUAAACGUAUACGUAUAGCUUUCUCAUUUUUUCAAGUUUAAUAUUUUAUACGUUUAAGCUAAUUGUCUACUUAUGUUAUAAAAUGUUUGUUCACACAUCAACGAAAUAUGUCAACGUGUGCUAUCACUUAACUCUAGAUUUAAUUUACAUUAUUAUCUAUGUUUAGUAUUUUACGUAUAUAAUAGUCAUUUUGUUCACUUUGCUCGAUAAACAGCUGAUGCUUGACUCGAUACGGAACGAAUACGAUUUCAUAUGAUAUAAUCAUAAUGUGUUAUAAAAUCAAUGGAUUCUUUUUUUCAAAGCUAAAUAUUAUAUGCAUCAAGUUAAUGUGAAAAGUAAUGUUAGAUCUCCGCUAGUCCUUGAAAAGUACAGCAGAUCUAAAUUGAAUGUAUGUGUUGUAUAUACCUACAAAGAGAGAGACAAAGGAAGAAAGAAAGGAUGAUUUUUGGCAAACCAAAUAUCGUGAAGCAGUAUGAUAUAAAACUAGGCACUCGCAAUUACUCUGUGUGAUUUAGAAGAGUUUUCCUAAGAGCUGAAGUUUUAGACGAACUUGAUUAAUUUGUUAUACAAAUUUAUCUAUAUAUCGUACAUAUUAAGAAUUCCAUUAAUUUUUAAAGGAUAUUCUUUUACUUAUUAACCAGAAAGAUUCUUUUUUCAAUUAUGAUCUGAUAAAUAUUGAACCAACAGUGUGAGUUGAGCAGUCAACAAACAAUAUACCGCUUCGAAUAUGUAUUUUUGUUGAAAUAUAAACUGCUAUACGAUGUACCGCGAGUUUAAUAAAUACAUCAUACAGUUCUGUGUAAA